AUGGACGCGGGGAGCAUGAUGGCGGGCAAAACGAACAGUGACGGUGCGAUGCUCGGGAGCAUAAGUCAGCAUCACUCGUUGCGUCACCAUCCGCACCAUCCUCAUCCCCAUCACCACCACCACCACCACCACCAGCCCCCGGCCGUACCCCCGCAGCACCAGCUGUCGCAUCCACACCCCCACCUGCACCAUCCCGCGGACGGACUGACGGAGGUUUCGGUUGUGGACAUUAACGCUUCGUUGGCCGCCUCCGCACCGCUCAUCUCGCACGUCUCCCCAUCGCCCCAAAUCAUCCCGGCCGCGCCGGGGACGACGACGGGAACGGGUGGCACCGGCACCGGGGCAGGUGGUGCCGUCGGUUCGGCGAGCAUUUCCGGGCACGUGCCCGGCUUCUGCAACAUUCUCAACGCCUCCAACAGCAGCGACCUGCAGGCGGUGGCCUACAAUUCCCUCACGCAAAACGUCCGCUGCAAAUCCCCACCGACGCUGGUCGAUAAUCUUAAGAACGGGACAAUCGGAAACUCCCAAAACGCUCUCUGCAACGGAGCGAUCAUGACAAAUGGUCAGACGAAGGACUCGAACCUCGCGCACGGACUCGUCCGGAAAGUCCUGAACAGUAGUGAUGGAAACGGACAGAAGAAACCAAUGGUUUCACUUACGCAUUUACCAAAGAGACCCCCAAUCGACAUCCAAUUCAUCGACAUGGCGUACUCGGUGUCGGAGGGUCACAAGCGGGGCUAUAAGACCAUACUCAAAGGCAUCAACGGGAAGUUCCGGUCCGGGGAGCUGACCGCCAUCAUGGGACCGUCCGGGGCCGGCAAGAGCACACUCAUGAACAUUCUCGCCGGUUACAAAACAUCACACCUCAGUGGUUCGGUACUGAUCAACGGCAAGGACCGUAACCUGCGCAAGUUCCGCAAGCUGUCCUGCUACAUCAUGCAGGACGACCGACUCCUCCCGUAUCUGACCGUACGCGAGGCGAUGAUGGUGUCGGCAAACCUGAAGCUAGGCAAAGACAUCUCCGUAUCGGACAAGCGCGCCGUCGUGGAGGAGAUCAUCGAGACGCUGGGCCUGCUGGAUGCGGCCAGCACGCUCACGCUCAAUCUCUCCGGUGGCCAGCGGAAGCGACUCUCGAUCGCGCUCGAGCUGGUCAACAAUCCGCCCGUGAUGUUCUUCGACGAGCCGACCAGCGGUCUCGACAGUGCGACCUGCUCGCAGCUGAUCUCGUUGCUCAAAUCGCUGGCUCGCGGUGGACGCACGAUCGUCUGCACCAUCCAUCAGCCGUCGGCCAGGAUAUUCGAGCUGUUCGACAAUCUGUACGUGCUGGCCGAGGGGCAGUGUAUCUACCAGGGACGUGUGAACGGUUUGGUGCCGUUCCUGGCGUCGCUUGGGCUGGAGUGUCCAAGCUACCAUAAUCCGGCAAACUAUGUGAUGGAAGUGGCAUGUGGUGAACAUGGCGACUGGAACAGCAAACUAGUGACGGCUGUCAGCAACGGCAAGUGCAACAACUACAAUCAACCACUCGCUCAAAGCAAAAGCACCUCUCAAAAGAACAUGGCACUCGAUGGAAAUACGACCGUCCCGAACGACCGUGAGGAUGACCUUACCCUGCUGAAGAACUCCGUCGCUAGCAACGAGUACACAGCCAUCACCAUGCCCGGCGCCGCGGCCCCGGAAGCGCAGCUCAACAACGAAAGCAAAACGGGGACGACGGGAAGUGCCGGUGAGCGGAAAAUACCACCCCCGAAUGGGUUGUCUUCCGGUGCCGAACCCUCUACCACAUCCAUUACGACGACCACCACCGUCAGCAUGGCUUCGGAUGCUACCGGUCCUCUGUUACCUCCUUCUGCUACUGCCGGUGCGACUGCCACUGCAACUGUCACUCCUCCGACUGCACUCGCCACGGCCACGUCCGGUCAGAAGGCUACCUGUACAACCUCGCUGCUCGACUCGACCGAAAGCGUCAGCAUAACAAUCCCCAAGAAACAGGCCGGUUUUCCAACGUCCGGCUGGAUGCAGUUCUGGAUCCUGCUAAAGCGUACCAUGAUCACGAUCAUGCGAGAUCAAACGCUCACUCAGAUGCGACUGCUGUCACACGUGAUCGUCGGAGCGAUCAUAGGCAUGAUCUACUACGACAUCGGUAACGAUGCGUCCAAAAUCAUGAGCAACGCCGGGUGCAUCUUCUUCACCACAAUGUUCACCAUGUUCACGGCCAUGAUGCCAACGAUACUCACCUUUCCCACAGAAAUGGCCGUCUUUGUUCGCGAACAUCUCAACUAUUGGUACUCGCUCAAGUCGUUUUACUUCGCCAAGACGAUCGCAGAUCUUCCAUUUCAGGUGCUCUUCACCAGCGUCUACGUGAUCGUCGUGUACUAUCUCACGUCGCAACCGAUGGAACCGAAACGGGUCGGUAUGUUCGUGCUCAUCUGCAUCCUCACCUCGCUAGUGGCGCAAAGUCUCGGCCUGCUCAUCGGGGCCGGCAUGAGCGUCGAGACGGGCGUGUUCCUCGGACCGGUCUCCACCAUUCCGAUCAUCCUGUUUUCCGGCUUCUUCGUCAACUUCGACGUCAUUCCGAGCUACCUCCAGUGGGUGACGUACGUCAGUUACGUGCGAUACGGGUUCGAGGGGGCGAUGGUCUCGGUGUACGGCAUGGAGCGGGAGAAGCUCGCCUGCACCGAGAUCUACUGCCACUUCCGGAGCCCCAAGAAGUUCCUCGAGGAGAUGUCGAUGGACAACGCCGAGUACUGGAUCGACGCGACGGCCCUGUUUGGGUUCUUCAUUUCGCUGCGUGUCAUCGCCUACUUUGUGCUGCGCUGGAAGCUCCACUCCAUCCGUUAA